GCGUCGUUUCCUUAGCAACUGUGUGCGCGUCCUCUGUGGAGACUUGCGGCUUGCUGGAGCUGCGGGUGAGGAGAGGAAAAUGUCCAUCCUCACGUCCCCCAGAGGGAAGGUCGAGGUGGUACACUGCCGAAGAACAGAGUCCCAGGACAUCUUCUGUAUCAAAAACCUCGUUAGAAAGUUUACUCAGAAGCUGUUUGGGAGGCUCAACAUAAUCUAUUUGCUAGAAAAGGCAAACCUCGCUGUUACUGUCUGCAAUGACAAGGAGGAGAUCAUGGCUCACUCCAUCUUCUUGGACUAUCCCAACUGGAACGUCGCCAAGCAGGACAACUGGAUCCCAUUGUUCAGGGAACUCGACAAAGAAAUCCCAUGCACACCUCUGAACACGCUGUUUAUGCACUUCUUUGUGGCUGUGGAUGAAUAUGCCACUGGCUGCCUCAAAGAAAUCAUCCGGACUGUGUUCAAGGCGGUGCCAGAACUGUACUUCAUAUUCCUUAUAGUGCCAACAUAUUUGAGCCUAGGCUCAACUCUGAUAACUGUGUUUGACCAAGUGGGGAACAUUCCAUGUCUGAACUAUAAUGAAGACUUUGCAGUGCACAUAUGUCACAGGCACAAUCACUACCCUCAGCUGCAUAUUCGCAAAGCCAGGGUAGAAGACCAUGAUGAUCUCAUGCCAAUAUUUAUGCACUACGACAACACUCUAAAGGAAAUUUAUGGUGAAUACUUCUUGGCCGAACUGAUCGAGGCCCAAGAUAAAGACCAUCAUGCUGUGGUGUGUGAGGUGCAUGGCAGUCGUCGCCUGAAGUCUGAAAGGUGGCUGUGUUCCCGUGUUCCAGGUGGAAGGCAAGGCUGUCGGGUUCAUGAGCGUGUGCACCAGCGUGAACUUGCCCCUGCUACACGAAUGCUUUGACCUGGGCCCUUUCCAUGGAUUCUGCACCCCACAUCCUGAUGAUAUUCUGAAACCAUCGCGUGAACCAAGUCUUGAAGAAGGUGAAGAUGCUGAAAGCCAAGGUUCUCCCAAGGUAGUGGAGGAGCAAGAAAUGGCCCCAGAAAUAACCCAGGAGAAAGAGACCGAAACAUCGGCUUCAUGUGAGGAAGCCCUGCCAACAGUCUUAGGUCUAGUCUCUGAGGAAAGGCUUAAGCAGGACAUGGAAAAGAAUCUAAGCAUCCUUUCCUUAGUUGACGAAGAAGAUGUUGCCAGCAGCCUGAGCUCCUCCCUCCUGUUGUCUGUGGAAUCCUCCCACUUCCGCCCCCUCUACCUGGGAGACCCUAUUGCGUUUUGUAUUCAGCUCUUUUGUAUUGAUGAGAGAUACGAGGCAAGGUCGCUGGAUUUCAUGAGUUUUGUUUUCAGUCUUUUUCCUGGUAAGAACUUCUGCUUGAUAUCUGUGCCCCAUCUCACGCCUGAGUUUGUCCUCAUCCAGAACUUUGUGAAGGUCGUCCCAUUCAACAAUUGCACCCUGGACCACGACCUCUACGUGUUCCAUCGGGCUGGGCUGCUCAGGUCCAUUACGAUAAGAUUAGCCAAGUUUCUGGAUACUGCUGGUGUUGAAAAGCUUGUCAGCACCCUCCUGCUGAGUACAAAGAUACUGGAUGAUUUAGCCCAGUACAACGAGGCUGGCAGAGACCCUGAUGGAACAGCACUGCAGGUGUUCGUAGCGGAAGUUGCAGAUCAAAUAGUUGGCAUUGCAGUGAUCAGAAAAGAAAUGGAUAUAGAGUACAUACGAUCUCAUUAUAACAUUGAGGACUUCAUCUACUUCAGCCACCACCAGCAGGAAGAACAUGGGCGCUUGAACCAUUUUGCCCUGAACCCCAUUUUCCGACACUACACCAAGUUUUUCCUAAAGGAGAUCCUCCGCUUAGGCUAUAAGUCAUGUCUCUACUAUCCUGUGUACCCCCAGACCCGGGAAGGCAAGCUCCAGAGCUCUUACUCCCACUCCCUGACAUCUGCCCUUCAUUACUUGGUUCCCGUGCGACCACGACGACAGAUUGUCUAUCCUCUGGAAAAGCUUGGCAUAAACGCUCCAUCAAAGGAGGUCUCCAAGGAUCAGGUGAGUUUCGCCUUGAACCACACCAACAGAAAACUAACAUUAGAACCGAAAGUCACUGUCAAUGCCAGAAUUGUUGUGGUCGGUGCGUCCAGUGUUGGGAUUUCAUUCCUAGAGACACUGGUGUUUUGCUCUCACCUGAAAUUUAAUAAUCUCACCCUGAUUUCAACUCAUGGACUCCCAGGAAAAAGACUUUUGCACAACGAACAGAGGAAGUUUCUAGCAAGCGACCACUGUUUUAAUGAUAAGGAUUAUGCACUGAUGUCACUGUGCUCCUGGGUGAACGUUGUGGUUGGUCGAAUGACGGCCAUAGACCGAGCAGCCAAGCAGGUUGUGGUUUCCAAGAGUGAGAUCGUGUUCUACGACCACCUCAUUCUCUGUACCGGGCUGCAGUACCAGGUUCCGUGCCCCACAGGGGCUGAUACUGAGCAGCACCUGACGAACAGAGAGGUUUUGGAGCUCAGCAAGCAGCGGUACACCGGCACUGUUCCUUCCAACCUGUUCAUUCUCAACGACGAGGAAGACUGCGUUAGGAUGCUCUGUUGGCUGAGAAACAGCUCCAUCCUCACAGAAGUACCCACCCUCCUGCAGACCCCUCCCUGCUGCUACUGGACAAUGCAGAAUCACUUGAGCACAGUGAAUCCCAGGACAGGGAAGGUCAUUGUCUACGGGAAUACACUCGACGCUUACACAACAGUGGAGACACUCCUCAACAUUGGCAUGAAGGGGAGCGGCAUCUACUUUGUGCAUCCCCCAACUGAAUCAAACAUAACCUGUAUCAACAACAAUGAUGUAGAGAGUGCCGUGGAAGAUGCACUCAGUGCCGCUGGGGUGACAGUCUUUCAUGACGCCUUGUUGGCUCAGUGGAACCAUGGCCAGCACCCGGAUCCUAUCUACAAUGCCUGCUUCACCACCUCCACCAAGCCUAUCAGACUGGAGUGUUCAGCGUUCUUCAGCUUCUACAAGAAGAAUGUGGAUUACGAAACAUUUAAAGCAUUUAAUGAUGCAUGCCUUGUCUAUGAUGGCCGACUUGUGAUCGAUACUACCUUCCACACCAAUGACAUAGCCAUCAGAGCUGCUGGUUCCCUCACCAAAUUCUCCAACCGAUAUUACUCAAAUGAGUGGACUCACAGCAAUUUCAGUUCCAAAGAAAUUGGCUUCCAGCUGGCUGCAGCUAUGCUCAGUCUCUUUGACCCAACCCUUGAGCCUGUGACUGAACCACCAGCUGACCUUGACCGCCUCAUCCCCAUGUACAAGGGAGCCAAGAUCCAAGGAGGGAUUCUUCCUGGGUCUUAUCAUUAUCUGCAUAUUUCCAAACCUGCCAUCCCAACUCCUUUGAAUCUACAAAGGUCACAGCCUGAUUUUGGUUCAGACGUAGUGACAGGUAAUGCGAAAAAGGGGACGUACUUCCGACUAUACAUUAACAACUAUAAGUUGGUGGAGGCCAUCACGUGCUUUUCAAAGGAGCCUUUCCCAUCCUCCAACUACAUCCGCUUGUUUGGACAACAUGAGCAAGUCCUCAACAACCUGUGUACUCGCUUUGAUGACAAACUGAUCCCAGAUCUUUACAGCUACUUCACAGAGCCGUGGUGCAUGGCCCUCUUCCACGAUCGUUUUAUUGAUCUCAAGAAAGAGUUGCGCCAAAUCUUAAUCUCCAAGCAGGAGGAAGACAAGCCUACCAUGGAGGAGAUAGCCUACCGGUUAGAGGAGGAAGAAAUAAACCUGAAUGAGAAGCCCCAGAAAUACCUCCAAAGGGUUUUUGAGGAUUCCAUCUACAAAAGCCUGCUGGAGAAGAGCAUCCUAGAUUACCUUCAUUACAACCAGUACCACCUGCCCAUGUACGCAUGGCCAGGCAUCAUUUAGCUGUAGCCAGCGCCCCACCCCCCGCUGGCAUCACUUCCACUCUCUGUCAGCCAAGUGCUGACAGAACACCCCAACCCCCAUCCCCCACUAUUAUACCCUUUUUUCCUCCCGUGUUUUCCGUGUAUUCCAGUAGGUGGCGCUAGGCUGUGUGGCCCUGCUAAGCCAGGGAACUUUACAAACAGGCAUGUUCAGAGCAGAAUAAGCCACUCUAGCGAUAAAAAGAGCUCCUACAAAGCAAAA